AUGGCGCUCAAGACCCUUUCUGCAAAGGCUGCCGCUACUCUCGACCGCGAGCUUAUGAGCACGGGGGCCUUUUCCCUCGACCAGCUCAUGGAACUCGCAGGCCUCUCGGUUUCUCAAGUUGUUGCCCGAGUGCACCCAAUCAAGCAAGGCCGCCGAGUGCUGGUCGCUGUUGGCCCUGGAAACAAUGGGGGUGAUGGCCUCGUGGCUGCUCGACAUCUUUUCCACUACGGAUAUCAACCUGCCAUCUACUAUCCGAAGCGACCCAAGAACGAACUUUAUCAGCGCCUGGUCAAACAAUGCGAAGACCUAGAGAUACCCUUUGUCGACGACUUCCCCGCUGCUCUCGAGUCUACUGACCACGUCGUCGAUGCCAUCUUUGGUUUCAGUUUCGCUGGCGAGGUUCGGGAGCCGUUCCCUGCCGUCAUCAACGCCAUGGCCGAGACAAAUAUUCCGGUGACCUCGGUAGAUGCGCCAUCGUCUUGGGACAUUCACGAAGGACCGCCCAAGUCCGGGGUGGGCAGCAACUUUUACCCUAACGUCUUGGUUAGCUUGACGGCUCCGAAACCUCUGGUCAAGCACUUCAAGGGCCGCCAUUUCGUGGGAGGACGGUUCGUCGCUCCGUCGAUUGCGAAAAAGUACGACUUCGACCUUCCCAAGUACGAGGGUAUCGACCAGAUUGUCGAGGUCACCGAUAACCUCUAA